GUUUGUCAACUUGAGGAUUUUAGAGCAGAUUUUAGCAAUGCCAAACAUUAUCAUCAUCAGAUGUGGAAAUGCUUACGUUAUGAUGCCAAAUCAAAUCAAGGUUCGCAUACGAUGAGUAUGCGUCUGAGGAGGAGUCUGAUAGCGAACCUGAAUCAUCUUCUAAGCAGUUGAUAUAGAUGGCAGAAUAUAAACUCAUACCUGACAUCAAACCUGGAGAAUCUGGCUGGACUGUAAAGGCAGUAGUUUCAGAAAAAUGCUCUCCCACCAAAGCUAGAAAUAGUCCAUUGAAAUACCAACACAUUUGGUUAAUGGACCCUAAGGGAAACAAAGUUCAGGCCACGUUAUUCGACAGCUCGAUCACAGCGUUUGAAGACACCUUACUACUGCACAAAACAUACCUCAUCUCAAAUGCACAAGUUAAAGAAACAGCUACAUACUAUAGAGCCCAGCUUGGUCACAUUCGAUGGACAAUCAAUGCAAAAACCAACAUCGUUGAAGUUGACGAACAAUUUAACUCUCUCCUUUCAUCAACUUACAACUUCAUAUCAUUCGAAAAUCUUCAGCGCUACAUGGACACAAAUGCAGAAAUCAGCAUCAUUGGAAUAGCAGUCGACAUCUUCCCCAAAAGAGUAAUUCAAAUUCGUGACAACCAAUCAACAGUACAAGAUGUCAUUCUCAUGAACGAAAGGUUCGAAACACGCAUGCUUCAGAUGUGGGACAAUUUCGUUGCAAAUGAAUGUAAUACCAUCCACAACACAAUCACCAAAAAACCAAUUGUUGUGAGCAACAGAUUAAGAGUAACUUCUUUCAAUGGAAUAUCUGUCUCUACAAAAAUGAACUCAUCAAUACUCAUUAAUCCCUCAUUUGAGCAAGUUGUAGAACUAAAGCACUGGCUAGAAGAGAACAUCAUCACAAUAAAUGACAUCGUGACAAGAAAAGCUUAUAUCUUCCCCACAUCCACCACAAUUUCUUGCCCACCAGAAGAAAAGUUAAUCAACAUCAAACAGCUACAACAUAUGCCUUCUGUAAAUGAAACUUAUUUUUGUAGAUUUUGCAAGCACAAUUAUGCUACACCGACUCCAAGAGCAAGAGCAAUCGUUCAGUUGCAGGACUACACAGGCUCAAUCACAGCAUCAAUUAUUGGAAAACCGGCUGAAACAUUCCUCAACUGCCCAGCAACAGAAUUGAUGAAACAAAGUUCUAAUGAACAUAUGGAGAGCAGCUCUACAAUUCCAGCAACAACUCCACGUGAGCACAUCGUAUACAUCAAAGCUGGAAAUAUAGAGACAACCACUAACAAGCCACCAUAUGAAGUCAUCUUCAUCCUUGACUCACACCUCCAAGAUGACAACCAAUUACCUGCCAACAUCACACAACCAAGCACUACACAUGAAGCUCCCAAACAUGUAGAUAAAAAACAGAAGCAAGAGUAGCUGUUGAAGACCUGAAAAUACAUAUUUUGUAUUUCUUUUGCACACUUGUGUCCACAAUCCAACAUACCAGAUUCCCAGCAUCUCUAUCUGCCAUACUAAAUUUUGUUCAUUGUCCAUAUUAACAUAUUAGAAACCAUGUACCCAAAUACGGCAUGUAACAUCUCUGUGUAUGGCACCUAAGAACUCUGUUUUGUACUUCAUAUUACUAUUGCCAAUGUAACUACUUGUGGACACAUUUUAUAUAAUCUAAUGUAAUCAUCCUUCUAA